GUUUGUCCGCUUCGCUUGGCUUCAUUUCCGACAUGUGAGGAGCGUAAAUGUGAGGCUACAUUAUUGUACGGGCAUUACAUAAUACAUUCCCUCUCUGAUCUUCGCUAAUUCUCCCUCAAAAAGAGAGAGAAAAACCCUAUUUUCACAAAUUAGGGCACCAAAUCAUGGAUCCAGAUGCAGUUGCAAAGGCAUUCGUCGAACACUACUACUCAACUUUCGAUGCAAAUCGUCAAGGAUUAGCAAAUUUGUAUCAAGAUUCAUCCAUGUUGACCUUCGAAGGGCAGAAGAUUCAAGGUACUCAGAACAUUACCGCCAAACUCACUAGUCUUCCAUUUCAGCAAUGUAAACACAUCAUUUCUACCGUCGAUUGCCAGCCUUCUGGUGGUACUGGUGGUAUGCUUGUUUUCGUUUCUGGUAAUCUUCAACUUGCUGGCGAACAACAUGCUCUUAAGUUCAGUCAGAUGUUUCAUUUGAUGCCAACACCGCAGGGAAGCUUUUAUGUGCACAAUGACAUUUUCCGGCUGAAUUAUGCUUGAAUACAGUGACGAGUAUCCAGUUUGAAGAAAAGUUCUCUGAGCGUCUAGAAUUAUUCAACUCUUUGGUGGGAACUGGACAUAUUUGGCUGGUGUUUUUUUAUUUGUUUGAAUUUUGCAUUUACAUCUGUCCUUAAGAUGUAGAUCUGGUAAUUGUAUGGAGCGUUGUCUUGGAUGUUACCUUGAACAGACGCCUUCAGUUUUCUAAAAUUACAUACUAUCAUAACAGACUGAUUCUGGAUUCUUGUCCAAUGUUUUGCUUCUA